AUGAACGGAGAAACGACGCCUUCGGCUGAAGGAUCACAACGCCAACGAAAGCCCAGGCCCGAGAUUCAGAUCUAUCGGCCGGGCGCGUUGCGAAAAGGCGACAGUACGAAGAGCUUGACGAACGAGGAGAAGCCCCCGAGACCCGAAAAGUUGCAGUCGACACCCAAGUCGUCUGAGUCCAGAAGACGACAGAGCAACGAUACGGACAGCGUGACGUCACGCGGCGGCUCGGGGAGCACCACUCCGGACGCGAGUGCGAUGAAUGAGCGGGGGAGGAAUCGGUUUGGAGCGCAAACUCAAGCCGGAAGUUAUCAGAGCGGAGGCGGCGGACAAGGAUCUUCUUAUGUGAGAUUUUCGAUUAAUUUGUUAGCCGGCUGAUCUCUUUUUUUUUGAGCUCACAAAUCAAAGAUCUCCAAGUUUCAGAACUCGACACAAUCGUUGUACGACACCCGGCGACAAGGCGGAUACACAGAGUACAACGGCGGAGCGAAUCGAUCGAACCAUCGAGGUGGAAGAAAUCAGCAGAAACAACCGUUCGAGCGUCCUGUCAAUCAUGUUAGUUUAUGGGAAAUUCGAACAAUUUCUAUGUAUUUUCAUUUAUAGAGCCGAGGAUUCAAUGAACGUGCCUCGAUGCGCGGAGACGGAGCGAUCGCGAAACGAACGGGCGGUCGGAGAAGGAACGAUUCGAUCAACUCGACGCAAAGUGAGAUGCCGCCCUCGACGAACGAUCAAUUGCACAUUGACACCUCGUACGAGUCAGCUUCUCAGUGCGGCGCCUCUUCGGCCUUUUCGAUGAACUCUCUUGGAGAGGCGUUCAGCUUCGAGGAGAUGUGCCAGAACCUUCAGAAUUUUGCGUCGAUGGAUUGGAGUAAGGAGGUGGAGAACGAGUUUGCGAUGCAGCAGGAGAUGGAGGUAGAGGAGGAGCGGAAGAAGCACGAGGAGAAUCUGAAGAACCAGAGUCCGAAGCCAAAGGGAAAGCUUCAAGAGGCGAAUGGGCAGACGAACGGGUCGCCGAGAAAGUCCAAAAAUCGUCGUAACCGUGGGCGAAGAGACGAAAGCGAUCGGGAAUCGUCGUUCGGCGGAAGCAUCGCAGAAGAGAACGAAGAAGCGGAGGAGGAGUUGAAGAGCGGAGAACGCACGCCGACGUCCGUUAAAAGUACGGGUCCGGCGUACAAUCCAAGAGUACUCUAUCAACGAACACAGAGGAACACGUCCGAGAACGAGAACAACGGAUACAGCAGACGACCGAACUAUCAGCACGAGCCGGUUGUGAAGAAGAUGGAGAAGAAGGGCGGAUAUCGUGGAGAGCACGACGAUCGGGGCGACGACAGUUCCGAGUACGGAGGAGUCGAGCAGCACAUGACUUCCGGACGGUUAGCGGGCCGAAUUUCGAUUGUGACCAGAGAUGUGCCGGACGAUCCGAGAACUAGUACGUUUUUUGCAGUCGCUUUUCAUGUUUUUGACGUAGAAUGUGGUGUGAACACCAAGUAACAUACCGUAAUCGAAGAUAAACUAAAUGCUGCUUCAUCACAGUUUUACCGAGCUAAAAUGUCUAAUUUCAGGAAGCCGAGCUCAAGCGCAAGCCGACGAAAUAUCGAAGAUUAUCCAGAAACGGAGGUAACGCAACUUGUCUUUAUGUCCCCGUCCCUCUCGAAAGUUCUCCCAUUUUCCCUUUUAAUCCCCGCUGUGCCUAUUUUCAAUUUACCCUAUGUUUGCAAUAUCUUUGGGACCUCCUAAUAUACUUAUCUAAUUGCCUUUUGAACCUCUCUAACUGGCUCACCAUUCCCUCCUUCAGUCAUUGAUUUCUAUUUGUACGAUACUCGCCUUUUUCUGUGUUAUUAAAUAAUAAUUAAUUUCCCCUAAUAAUCGAUUUUUUACUAAUAAAUAUAAUCACCACUAAUUCCGUUCAUUUCUGUUCACUCACUAAUGUUUCUUUCCGUUCGCUUCGGGUUCCUUUCCGCUUUUUUCCGGUGUUCCAGCUUUUUCAGCAAAAUUUCGCUUUUUUCCAGUACCUCCUCGUCAGAAAUGGUGAAUCGAGAACUGCUGAAUCAGCGGCGAAAAGAGCACAUUGAGCAGUCCGAGGAGGGCGCUAAGAUUCGAGAAAUUAGCGGGAAAAUUGAAAAUUUGGCGAGUUUUGUCAAGAAAAGAGAUGUGAAGGCGGCGGAGAAGAUGAUCAAGUACAGGUUAGAAAACUACUUCAAUUUUUCUCAAAAAAAUACUCUGGAAACGUUUCCAGCAUGGAAUUAUCAAGUUUCUACGCAGAAGUGAUCCUUCCCGACGUCGUCUACGCAUUCACCGCCGGUUUAGAACAAAGACUGUUCCGACAGGCAUUUUAUAAGGUCCCGGAGAUUGUAGAACUGAAAAAAAAAUCGAAAGAAUUUCAGUCAAUCGAGGCGCUUCGCAGUGGAGCGAAUUCUGUGGCGGCCGAGGGGAAAUUCAUUCGUUCUGUGGCUCAGAAACUUCUUUUAAACGUAAAUUUUGUUCAUGAUCGCGUUCUAUCGCUACUACUUUGCCGAUAUCUUCCAAAAAAAAGUGAGACAGCAGCUCCCCAUUUAUUUUACAUUAAAAAUGGAGGUUUGGUAGAAAAACGGCUGGAAUUUGAGCGAUAGGGUGCGACAGCCACAUUAGUAAAGCUACAAUAAAGUUAUCAUUCAGGGAAUUGUGUUCUACGAGCAGCUUAUCACCCGAUACGAGCAAUCGUUCGAGAUCAACAUUGAAAAUACGCUCACCUGGCCGCAAGGCACUCCUUCCGACGAACAACUGAUCGACGAGACCGUUCUGUUGCCAGUUGGAAUAAUGAAAUUCGAAACUGCCACGCAAAAGGUUUAAUACUUUGAAAAUUGGUCGAUCUUCUUUUAUUUUCAAAGUUUUCAGACCGCAAUAAAGUCACUUUCACGUCAUCUGACCUCCCUCGGCGACUUGCAUCGAUACAAGUGUCUGAUCGAGGGAUCCGAAAAUUAUGAAGUAUCCAAGAGGUAAAAAAGGAAGAAAACGCUGGAAGAUUCUCAAUUUUUGCAUCUGUCCUCUCAGAUUUGGACAAUUCAUGCAAAUGCGCUCGAUUGAGAACAAAACUGAAAAUUUUUUUUUAGUUUUUUGAAAACUUUUUUCGACAAAUUUUGGCGCUACAACGGAUUAGAACUGUUACGAAUUAGAACUCCCAACGCUAAAAAUCAACCAACAGUUCUAAUUCGUAACAGUUCUAUUCCGUUCAAGUUUUAAUCCGUUGUAGCGCCCAAAUUUUCACUAGUUUCUAUUAUGCGUGCAUUUCACUACAAUCGCGCCCUGUUCAGAAACUCUUUUCGUUGUGCAAUUUUUCAAUUCUUUCAGCUGCUACCUAAAAGCCGCCCAGUUAUGGCCAUCUUCCGGUCAUCCGUACAACCAACUCGGUGUCGUCGUCUACUAUUCCGUAAGUUUCGAGAAUUCGGCGGAUUUUAUUGGAAAACUUUUGAAAAGCUAAAAGACGGAGAGGUCAGGGGUGACAAAAACGAGCCGCCCGUACACCCCAUAACAUAGUGCGCCUAUACGAAUUCCAUAUUUCGAUAUAAAAUGACGUGAACUCGCCCCCUGACGACGCCGUUUUUCUUGUCUUCAGAUGCUGUACCGAAGUGCGCGACGUGCCCGUCUCAUUCCGGUCGACGUGCUGUCGCGGCAACGACAGGUUUGACCCGCUCCACGAUCCGUUUUUUUUCGAGUCUUGGGAAAUUUGAUACUCGAACGCGCACCAUCUUCCUCCCAACCUUGUCGCUUGUCUCUUCUAACCCCCUUUUCUUCUCCGUUCUUUUCUUCUUCCGCGGGCGGUCAUUAACAGCUUGGGUGUUCUUUUCAUUUUUUUUAAUUCGUACCUGCUUGUUGUCCUCCGUCCUUCAAAGAUGUCUAACACGUUGUUUUGCCCACCUAAAUUCGAACAAAUCGCCAGGGCCAGGCGGUCUGGAAUUUUAUAUUAUCAAUCAACCGAUCGAGCCGUCAGUUUGAAUGACUGUGUUCAAUGACCAGAUUUCCUCAUCUGAUGAUAUUAGGCCAAAAAAGCUAACCUUCUUAAUGUCCCGUACAAAGUAAAAAAUCAGGUAUUUCCUGGGUGCCCACAGUAGGAAUGACUGUUACCGCACUCAUUUUUCUGAAAUGUUAUCGAAACAGAGUACGGUAACAAUGAUUUGAGCUGUGCUCUCUUUCUUAACUUUUACUUUGUACUCGGAAUUAAAAAGGUUAGUCUUUGCGGCUUAAAAUUGUUCAAGGUAACGGCCCGAUCUGAUUGAUAAUGGCAACCGGACCGACCGAAAAUUCCAGGCCGGCCAGCCCUGAACGCGUGCAACUUUUCACAAUAUGUUGUCAAUUUCAGAAACGUGUAAUAGACGAGUUCUUCUACCUGACACGUGCUCUCGCGUGUUCGCAUCCGUACGAAGUGGCGCGAGAUCGGUUGGUGCAGCGGUUGGACGCGAUGCGAUCGAAAGUGAGCAAGUAUCAGCCGACGAUCGACAAAGAGUGCGGGACGGUCAAAGCCGAAUCCGUGGCGCUCGGCAAGCUUCAGUUGAACCGACAAGUGUGGAUCCAUCCGACGACCGGGAACACUGAAAAUGGGACACGAGAACGGCUCGUCGACGAUAUUCUCAAUUAUUUCAUCUCACAGCCGAAGACCAAGUUGCACAGACGGGCGGUAUCCUACUUGUGCGACACUUUCGGAAUGUUGGUCACAAAGAUCGGAAUGGAUCAUUUCAGAAGGUUUGUAAUAUCUGGAUGCAAAAUCAAAUAAUAUCUCUAUUUUCAGUGUGUCCGAACGAGCUUUCGGUCUCCUCUUCGCCUCGCUUUCGAAGCGGGAAACCGACUUUUCGGCCGAGCAACUCGUUCAACUCUCCGCCAUGUUCAUUUACGCGGUUCACGUGAAUUUCACAAGUGAGCCACUAAUUUGAAAUUGACCACGUCCCCUUUUUUUCAGAGCCAGACAGUUCAGCGCAAACGGGAAUCGCCCUCAACUCGCUGAUCACCUUCUUCUCGGUGCUCUCUCGGUCUUUCAUUGCUCAGAAAUUGCCGCUAGUUUUGCCCGCGAUCAACGUCAUUGCCACGUGGAUUUGUCACGUCGACACGGAGCCCAUUCUCAAAAGCUCCGAUCGUCUCGAGACCCUUCCGUCGACUAUCCUCACUGAUUUUGAUGCAGAUUCCACAAUUCAGCAGGUUCUGGCGACGAUUCCUGCAGAUGUGAAAAUGUGCGAAUCCACGUCACAAGCGUAUCCCGAAACGAUUCUCCUCGCCUCUUUUUUCAAAACGUUCGACGCGGCGCCGCUGAAGACGUGGCAAGCGAAAAGCGGAAAAAUCGAGGACGGGCGGUGCGGAAUGAUGCGCAGAGCGAUGGAAAAACUGAGGGAACGUGUGAAGGCGAAAGAGGAAAAGAAAGCAAUUGAGACGGAGUGCGAUAAUAGAAAAGAGCCGGCGGAGGAGGAGGAGGAAUCGCCGCGGAGCAGGAAGCAGAUUCUGGACGAGGAGAGGGGAAAACGGACUGUGGCCAUGAUUGUUAGUCUUUCGAAAUGUUUCAUAUUUUCAAUGGCUGGUUGCAAUUUGCUACACGUUUCUGUUGCAGGUACACCCCGAAUACCUCAUCCCGGACACGAACGUGCUGAUCGGUGACCUGAGACUUGUGAAAGAGCUUCUGGAACAAGCCGCCGACGCGAAUUUCCAAAUUCUCGUGCCGACAAUUGUGAUCACAGAGCUCCAGUCUCUGGCGAAGCGGCCGGAUGCGCGCAGCAGUUCGGAGCACGAUCCGGAGAGACGGGAAAAGGCGCAAGAAGCGGUGAGAUGGCUGCGAGAGCAGGAGCGGAAGAAGCCGGCGGAUCUGAAGACGUUGACGUCGAGUGGAAACAGGGUUCCGACGUUCACGAUGGCCGCCGAGCAGCUCGAGGAUCUCGGGAAAGCGGUGAGGCGAAAAGUAGACAUUUUGCUAUUGAAAAACAUGCAAAUUUUGCAGACGAACGACGACAUUAUCCUGCGAUCGGCGCUGAAAUGGUCGGAAAGUCUGCCGACGCCGCCGGCCACGUCGGUCGUCCACUCCGUCUCCGUCUCCAUCGCCAAUUCGGCCGACGCCUCCGCCUCCAACACGCUCGUGCGGCGGUGUGUCCUUCUGACCGGCGACCGUGGGCUGACGAUCAAGGCGAAUGGAAGUCAGAUGCCCACAAGAGGCGUUGAUAACUUUUGCCAAUGGGUUGAAGGCGGACGCCGCUGA